AUGAGGUAAGAUCACAAAAAUUAGAAUAAUCAAUAUCUAAUUUUUUUGAUACCUUUUCCCUCUUGUCUGCAAAAAAAAAGUAGCUCUGACUGGAUCAGCUAGACUGCCGCAUUUUAAUUAAAUUAUUGAAAGAGUUUUUAAUAUUCGGUAACGCACAGAAAGCUGUCGAUGUGGAUUGGCUGGCGGAAUGAAUAGUGAUAGGUACUAACCGACACCAACAAAUACUGAUACUUGAGGUUCUUUACAUUUUUUAAUUACCAAUUUGAUGUUGACUCGUAAAUGUAUUAAAAUGUGUUUAUUGAUGGCCUAGGAUAAAUUGAACAACUGACUGAGUGCAUUUUCUGUUAAUAAGGCGGCGGAUACGAAAGCAGUUGACGGUGGGCAGCAGUCCCAGUUAUCAAAGUGGGUCAGCUGUUUUCUUUAGUAAAACAUGUGUCAUUAUUAACGCUUUCAUUAUGGCAUUGCUGCACUGAUUUAGUGUUUAAACGGCAGAUCUCAGCGCUUUUAGUUAGUCCUCAAUUGCAAUUUGUGAGUAGAUGUCCAAGCGGUGCCAACAUGGACUUCUCCACUGUGCUCGAAAAAUGCGGUGACUUUGGGCGAUUCCAACACGUGAUCUUACUGUUGUACGGCUAUACGAAUAUACUCAGCUCCCUGCACUACUUUUCACAAACUCUUAUAACAUUUACUCCAGAGCAUUGGUGUUACCAUGACGACCUCCAGCAUUUGAAUAUGUCAGAAGUUCGCUCGAUAUACGCAAAUAUGACCAAUAAAUCUUGCACAUUAUUGGAGGGAGUGGUCAAUGGAACGGCUGUUGCAGCUGAGACUGGUCAGUGCCAGGAUUGGAUAUUUAAGCGUGAACAAGGCUACGAAAGUGUCACAACUGAGCUCAAGUGGGUUUGCGACAAAUCGCAUCACUCGGCUGUCGGCCAAUCGUUCUUCUUCAUUGGCUCAGUUGUGGGCACCGUGAUAUUUGGAAACCUCUCAGACCGCAUUGGACGUUUGCCAGCAUUGCUGCUGGCCACAAUAGCAGGAGCAUCAGGAGAUUUCCUCACCUCGUUUGUUUAUAGUUUUCCAUUAUUUGCGUUUUCACGUUUUGUUUCCGGACUCUCCACCGAUACCAUGUACUAUUUGAUGUAUAUUUUAGUGUUCGAGUACCUGAGUCCCAAACGUCGCACCUUUGGUCUCAACAUUAUACUCGCCUUCUUUUAUUGCUUCGGAUUGAUGACUUCCCCCUGGGUGGCCAUUUGGAUUGGCAACUGGCGCCACUACCUCUGGCUAGCUUCGUUGCCCGCCCUCGGGGUGCUCGCCUACCCGCUGUUCAUCUGCGAGAGCGCCCAGUGGCUGCUUACCAAGAAGAAAUACGAUCGGGCCGUGAAAUGCCUCAAAUGGGUGGCUAAGUUCAAUGGGCGACAGGUGGAGGACUCUGUAUUCUACGAAUUCGUCAAGCACUACAGCGAAAAGAUUACCGAGCAUCAGAAACUGACAACCUAUGAGGACACAUUCAUGGGAAUGUUCAGAACACCGCAUCUCCGACGCUGCACACUCUCCUUGCUAUUCAAAUCUGUCAUAAUCACACUCUCCUACGAUGUAAUAAACCGCAACAUGGAAGGCCUUGGAACCUCCCCAUUUAAACUAUUCUCUUACACGUCAAUUAACUAUUUACCAGCCGGCUGUACUAUUCUCCUGCUCCAGAACAAUAUCGGCCGGAAGGGCAUGGCCUGUGGUGCGUUGAUGGUGGGGGGCAUUAUCACCACAGUUACCGGCUUUCUAAUUGCCUUCCUGGACCCAAAGGAAAAUGCUCUCCUGCUCGCCAUUAUGAUUGGCUUGGGCCGCUAUGGCGUCACGGUGUCCUAUGAUGCUGAGAUCCAAUAUGCCGCCGAGAUAAUACCAACCAGCGUGAGAGGGCGUGCCCUCUCCAAUAUACAUGUCGUAGGCUUGGCCUCCAACUCGCUGGUGUUCUAUGUGAUCUACUUGGCCAAGUUCUAUAAGCCAUUGCCAUCCAUCUUCAUAAGCUGCUUAAUGUUCCUUGGCGCUGGCUUGUGUCUUACACUUCCGGAAACUUUGAACCAAAAGCUGCCGGAAAAUCUCGCCGAAGCGGAAAGUUUUGUUAAGAAGCAGCCUAGCCUUUACUUUCCAUGGUUUCGCAAAUGUGGAACAAGUUCGGCAAUUACAGUUUAAAGCUUCUAAGUUUGCAUUUAAAAUAAGUAGUUAAAUUUGGUGGACUAAGAAAUAAUAAUUUCAAAUUUGAAAUUUGUUUUGCAACGUGCGGGGUACAUACAUACUGUGUAUGCAUUGUGUGCUGAAAGACGACUUGUAAUUUGCAUAAAUCUUUUAAUUGACAAAUACUAAGGAGAAACUGAUAAGCUUUAAUAUUUGUUUUAAAUAUUAACGACCUUCCUCAGGAUAUUAUCAUAUAUUAUAUCACGUCAAAUUAUAUUCCAAAUCUUAUAUA